CCCUCCCGACCUCUCUCACGCCGUCUUCCGGGGCGUGGGUGAAGCCCGGGUGCGGUGUUUUCCCACGUGCCAGGGGCCCGGAGCUGAGGAGGCGCGGGCAUGGCCAGCAUCACGCAGCUGUUCGACGACCUGUGUGAGGCCCUCCUGCCGGCUGCCAAGACCCACCUGGGCCAGCGCAGUGUGAACCGGAAGAGGGCAAAGCGGAGCCUCAAGAAGGUGGCCUACAACGCGCUCUUCGCAAGCCUUUUUCAAGAGGAGACUCAGCUGCAGCCCGACACGUCAAAACUACCAGCGAGAAACAAGAUCCUCAUGUUGUCCUUUGACUUGAGAGUGGGUGGCCUGGGCCCCAGGGCUGACCGCUUGGAGGAGCUUGUGGAGGAGCUUGAAGCAGCCCCUUGCUGUCCGCUCGUGGAGGUGGGGUCUGUUUUGGACCUCCUGGUUCAGCUGGCAGGGAGCGGCCCCCCUCAAGUGCUGCCGAGAAAACGAGAUUACUUCCUUAACAACAAGCACGUGGGGAGAAACGUUCCAUAUGGCGGCUAUGAUUGCUACGACCUGAGUGUGUUGGAGAGGGACGUUCAGUCUCUGAUCUCCAGAGAGGAGUGUUUGUGUCACAGCAUGAUCCAGGAUACACUUCAGGUUAUGGAGGCUACUCCAGGCACCGGCCUGCCCACCGUCGGGCUCUUCUCAUUUGGUGACCCUUGUGGUGACAAGUUCGAGAGAGACACCCGGGUCUCACUCUUCGGUGCGCUUGUGCACAGCCGAGCCUACGACAUGGAUGUCCGGCUGGACCUGCCCCCCGUGCCGGACAGUGCAGACCUCUCUGGGCUGGCCAUUAAGGUCCCACAGAGUGUAGAUCAGUGGGAAGACGAAGGAUUCCAGUCAGCAUCCAACCUGACUCCUGAUUCCCAGUCUGAGCCCAGCAUGACCCCAGACAUGGACCUGUGGGAAGCUGCACUCACCUACGAGGCCAGCAAGCGGAGGUGCUGGGAGCGAGUUGGAUGCCCGCCUGGUCACAGAGAGGAGCCUUACCUGACAGAGGCGGGAAGGGAGGCUUUCGACAAGUUCUGCAGGCUUCGCCAUGGGGAGCUACAGCUGCUUGCCGGGGGCGUUCUGCAGGCCCCACAGCCCGUGCUGGUGAAGGAGUGCGAGCUGGUGAAGGAUGUGCUGAACGUCUUGAUUGGGGUUGUGUCUGUCACGUUUUCCCUCUGCCAGCUGGCCCAGGCCUUUGUGGUGAAGCAGGGCGUUCAUGUAUCAGGAGCGUCUCCCGAGAGCAUCAGCAACCUUCUCUCGGAGGUGGCCGAGUAUGGGACCUGCUACAUGCGCCUGACCCACUUCUCCCUGCAGCCCGUCCUGGACUCCUCGUACAGCAAGGGCCUUGUGUUCCAGGCCUUCACCAGUGGCCUGAGGAGAUACCUGCAGUAUUACCGGGCCUGCGUCCUCGCCACUCCGCCCACCCUGAGCCUCCUCACCAUUGGUUUUCUCUUCAAGAAGCUGGGCCGGCAGCUCAGGUAUCUGGCCGAGCUCUGUGGUGUUGGUGCUGCACUCCCAGGCACCUGCGGAGGAGGGCCCAGGGCCGAGUUUCCCACCGGCGUGAAGCUGCUGUCCUACCUCUACCAGGAGGCGCUGCACAACUGCAGCAAUGAACACUACCCCGUGCUGCUGUCCCUGCUGAAGACCAGCUGCGAGCCCUACACGCGCUUCAUCCACGACUGGGUGUACAGCGGGGUGUUCAGAGACACUUAUGGUGAGUUCAUGAUUCAGGUGAACCAGGAGUACCUCAGUUUCCGAGAUAAGUCAUACUGGACCCAUGGCUACGUGCUCAUCUCCAAAGAGGUGGAGGACUGUGUUCCCGUGUUUCUGAAGCACAUUGCCCAUGACGUGUACGUCUGCGGGAAGACCAUCAACCUGCUGAAGCUCUGCUGUCCCCGGCAUUACCUCUGUUGGUCCGACGUCCCCGUCCCCCGGAUCUCAGUGAUUUUCUCCCUGGAGGAGCUGAAGGAGAUUGAGAAGGACUGUGCUGUCUAUGUUGGGCGCAUGGAGAGAGUGGCCCGCCACAGCUCCGUCAGCAAGGAGGAGAAGGAAUUACGUAUGGAAAUUGCAAAGCAGGAAUUAAUUGCUCAUGCCCGGGAAGCAGCCUCCAGGGUCCUGAGUGCACUGAGUGACCGGCAGAUGUCAGAGCGGAUGGCCUUGGACGCCCGGAAGCGCGAGCAGUUUCAGAGGCUGAAGGAACAGUUUGUGAAGGACCAGGAGCCCAGCCUGUGUGUUUUACAGCGACGCCAGGCGGCCAGGCAGGAGGAGCUGGAUGACGACUUCAGCUACGCCCGUGAGCUCCGAGACAGGGAGAGGAGGCUGAAGUCCCUGGAGGAGGAGCUGGAGAGGAAGGCAAGGCAGGCGCUGGUCGACCACUACAGCAGGCUGUCUGCAGAGGCAGCUCGUCGGGAGCAGAAGGCGCUGUGGAGAAUCCAGAGGCACCGACUGGAGAGUGCACGGCUUCGCUUUCUCUUGGAAGAUGAGAAACGCAUUCGGGAGAUGCUGAAAGCGAUGACUGAGGCUCACCAGCCCCAGGAGCCGGCAGACUUUCUCUUGAGCCCACACUCCCAGGUCACAUCUGGCCCUGAGCACCCAGAUGGAGGCCAAGGCUGUGAUUCUAGGACUGCAGAGCAACAUUCGGCUUCCUGGGAUUGCCCGAACAGGCCAGACCUGCGGACCCCACAGCCCCUUAAGCCUCUAGCAGUGGGAGCUGGUGGCCCAGGGCUGCAGCAGGCAGAGGAGCCUGGGUCCUUCUCUGACGGCCUCAGCCUUGGAGACUUCCUACCUGUGGGCCCAGGGGCUGAGCAGUCUUUGCAGACUGGCACGGUCCCUCUCCUGGAGGCAGCGCUGCAGACCAUCAGCUCAGACCUGCCCGCUUCAGCUCCUGGGGAGGCACCUUCAGCGGCCAGCACUCAGCCCUCCAAGCCACAGGAGUACGACUUUAGUACUGUCCUGAGGCCGGCUGUGGCCGCCUCACCUUCACCAGGGCCCCUCCAGGCUGCAGAGUGCAGCUUUCUGCCUCCCUCACACCCACCCAGGUGUGCCGCCCUGGAGGAGGGGAGCAGUCAGCACACAGAGCAGCUUUUUGGGCAUGUGUCAGGGGGCGGUGUUCCCACAGGGGGCUACAAUUCUGGAAUAGCUCCCACUCAGCCACGGUGGAACACCCAUGGGCACAUGUCCGAUGCCAGCAUCAGGGUCAGGGAGGAAACGUCAGAUGUGGCUCCCACCCGGCCACGGUGGAACAUCCAUGGGCACGUGUCUGAUGCCAGCAUCAGGGUUGGGGAAAACGUGUCUGACGUGGCUCCCACCCGGCCACGGUGGAAUAUCCAUGGGCACGUGUCUAAUGCCAGCAUCAGGGUUGGGGAGAACGUGUCAGACGUGGCUCCCACCCGGCCACGUUUGAACAUCCAUGGACAUGUGUCUGAUGCCAGCAUCAGAGUUGGGGAGAAUGUGUCAGACGUGGCUCCUACCCGGCCACGGUGGAACACCCAUGGGCACGUGUCGGAUGCCAGCAUCAGCUUGGGGGUUUGUGUGUCGGACGUACCUCCCACUCGGCCACGGUGGAACGCCCAUGGACCCAUCCCUCCGCCCCACGUGAUGUUGGGGGCCCUCUCACCAGAAACUGAGUCCAACACACCCAGGCCCCAACAGAGCCUCCUUGGCCACACGUCCCAGUCAGCGCUCAGCCUGGGAGCACGGAACGCUGCUCUGGAUUGUGGGCCACAGCUGCCUGUAGAAGUGGGGCCAUCUCUCUCCUCCCCCAGCUUAGGCUGUGGGGAGGAGCGCGUCAGCAUGGGAGAGAAUGUGUCGGACGUGGCUCCCACUCUACCACAGUGGAACAUCAAGGGACACGUGUCCGACAACACCAUCAGCGUGGGAGAGAACGUGUCGGACGUGGCUCCCUCCCGGCCACAGUGGAACAUCGAGGGACACGUGUCCGACGACACCAUCAGCGUGGGGGAGAACGUGCCGGAUGUGGCUCCCUCCCGGCCACAGUGGAACAUCGAGGGACACGUGUCUGACGACACCAUCAGCGUGGGAGAGAACGCGUUAGAUGUGGCUCCCACCCAGCCAUGCUGGUCCAACACACCAGGAGACAGUGUCUCUGAAGAACCAGGCCCUGGGAGGAAUGGGGACACUGAGGAGCUCUCUCCAAAUUGGCGUCUGAACUCACAGGAAGACGCAGCUGCCCAGAGCAGCCGAGGACCUGGUGAGGAGAAGGCGGAGGCCUGGGACGGGGAGCAGGCCUACCUGGCAGGCCUGGCAGGGCAGUACCACCUGGAGCAGUACCCGGACAGUUACGAGUCCAUGUCUGAGCCACCCAUCGCUCACCUUCUGCGCCCCAUGCUUCCCCGGGCCUUUGCCUUCCCCGUCGACCCCCAGGCCCAGUCCGCCGCAGACGAGACCGCUGUGCAGCUGAGUGAGUUGCUGACGCUGCCCGUGCUCAUGAAGCGCUCCAUCACAGCGCCACUGGCCGCCCAUAUCUCCUUGGUGAACAAGGCUGCCGUUGACUACUUCUUCGUGGAGCUGCACCUGGAGGCACACUAUGAGGCGCUGCGGCACUUCCUGCUGAUGGAGGACGGCGAGUUCGCCCAGUCCCUCAGCGACCUGCUCUUUGAGAAGCUUGGGGCCGGGCAGACACCUGGGGAGCUGCUCAACCCGCUGGUGCUGAACUCCGUGCUGAGCAAGGCCCUGCAGUGCAGCCUGCAUGGGGACACCCCACACGCCUCCAACCUCUCCCUCGCCCUCAAGUACCUUCCCGAGGUUUUUGCCCCCAAUGCCCCAGAUGUGCUGAGCUGCCUGGAGCUCAGGUACAAGGUGGACUGGCCCCUCAACGUCGUCAUCACCGAGGGCUGCCUGAGCAAGUACAGUGGCGUCUUUUCCUUCCUGCUGCAGCUGAAGCUCAUGAUGUGGGCACUCAAGGACAUCUGCUUCCACCUCAAGCGCACAGCCCUGCUGAGCCACAUGGCCAGCUCCGUGCAGUUCCGCCAGCUGCAGCUGUUCAAGCACGAGAUGCAGCACUUCGUGAGGGUCAUCCAGGGCUACAUCGCCAACCAGAUCCUGCACGUCACCUGGUGCGAGUUCAGGGCCAGGCUGGCCACCGUGGGCGACCUGGAGGAGAUCCAACGUGCGCACGCGGAGUACCUGCACAAGGCCGUCUUUAGGGGCCUGCUCACGGAGAAGGCGGCGCCCGUCAUGAACAUCAUCCACAGUAUCUUCAGCCUCGUGCUCAAGUUCCGCAGCCAGCUCAUCUCCCAGGCCUGGGUCCCUGCUGGGGGCCCGCGGGGUGCAGAACACCCCAACUUUGCACUCAUGCAGCAGUCCUACAACACCUUCAAGUACUACUCCCACUUUCUCUUCAAAGUGGUGACCAAGCUGGUGAACCGCGGCUACCAGCCUCACCUGGAGGACUUCCUGCUGCGCAUCAACUUCAACAACUACUACCAGGAUGCCUGAGGCUGCUCUGCGGGGGACAUGCACAAUAAAAAGGUGUCCUCAGACCCUG